AUGCUGGCUCAGGACUGUGACGAGUCUGCUUACAGAAGCAAGGUUGAGCAGCAGGCUGGCUGGUACAGUCAUAACAACCUUGAGCUAAAGACCUUAAAAACCGUGGAGAUGAUAGUGGACUUUAGGGGGAAACACCCCUGCACUCCCCCAUUUACAAUCAUGAACAGUACUGUGGCUGCAGUAGAGUCAUUCAGGUUCCUGGGCACCAGCAUCUCACAGGACCUAAAGUGGGACAAUCACAUUGACUCUAUUGUCAAAAAGGCCCAGCAGAGACUGUGCUUCCUUCUCCAGCUGAGGAAGUUCAACCAGCCACAGGAGCUCCUCUUACAGUUCUACUCAGCUGUCAUUGAAUCCGUUCUAUGCACUUCCAUAACUGUCUGGUUCGACUCAGCUGCCAAAUCCGGACUGUUGAGCGAAUCACUGGCACAACCCUCCCCUAUCUACAGGAACUAUACUCAUCCAGACAAUCGCUCUGCGCAGCGCCUCAUAAAGUCAAACACACCAGAGUGUCAUGACUGUCCCAGUGCACAGGACUUACAGAGCUCAAUUCAACAGGGUCACAAACUGCUUUUAGCAGAGGAAGCCUCAUACUUGCAGAAUGUUCGUACUUUGAGGAAGAAACUGAAUCUUUUGCAUGAUCGUGUUGUUCGCCUAUCUGCUAAACCAAAGAACAUUACUUGCUCAAGCCUGGAGAGUCCCAUCAAUGGCAGAAUGUUGGGAAAAAUGCAAUUUCCUGGUCAUGAAGUUCACUUCCUCUGUGAUGCAGGCUUUGUGCUGGUGGGCUCAUAGACACGGCAAUGUAAAGACUCACUCAGGUGGAGUGGUCAGCAACCUGUUUGCAAAGAUAUGAAUGAGUGUCUUUCAUCACCUUGUGCCAAUGGUGGAACUUGUAAAGAAGAGGUAAAUGGAUAUAGCUGUGUCUGUGCAAAGGGCUGGGCCGGACCUACCUUCCAGUCUCCAACUCCAAAAUUUUUUGUCACGUCUGUCAGCACUGGAGCUGAGGCUGCUGCCUCAUUUCCUUUGUCCCAUACAUCUGCUUUCAUUCGUCAGUCCAAAUGCAGCAUUGUACAGGGAACCACCCACUGCACCUGUGAGCCAGGCUACACCAUCUCUCACCUAGACAAUAGCAUCUGCACAGACAUCAAUGAGUGUAAGCAGUUCCACAAUGGACAGGCAGGCCGUCUGUGUUUGCACUCAUGUGAUAACACUCCUGGUGGUUACCGAUGCAAUUGCCCCACUGGUUACAACGUGACCCAUGAUGGUCGGAACUGCAAAGAUAUUGAUGAAUGUGGAACCCGACAGAAUAACUGCACCAGGGAUCAGCUCUGUAUUAACACCUAUGGAGGUUUUCAAUGUGUUAAUGUUGAUUGUCCACGUGCACGGAAUGCUACUUAUGUUAAAACCUCAACAGUGCGCUGUAAGAGGAACCCCUGCUUUGUGGAGAACAAAGCCUGCUCUCAAGCGCCAACCUCUGUGUCUUACCACUAUAUGUCUGUAGUGUCCAAUCUCUCAGCUCCGCGGGUCAUGUUCCGAGUGUCUGCUGUCAGAAUGAUAGGACACACACUUCGGUUUGCUAUACUGGGAAGCCAUGGUCGGCGUUAUUUCACCCUACAGCGUUCUGAUCGUCAGACGGGUGAACUAUUGCUGGUUAGUCCUGUGCAGGGUCCAACCACACUGAAAGUCGAGAUUGAGAUGAGUGAACUAGAGAGAGGAGAACUGCUGAGGAGUUACAUCACCAAAAUAACAAUUUUUGUGUCACAGUUUGAGUUUUAG